AUGGAGUCACCAUAUACACCUCACAAAUUCUACCUUCGCUCUCCAACACCCUCCCUUCCACCAACGAUCAUAGGCGCCCUCUUCCACCCGUCCAUGAUACCCCUCCUUCCCUCACCCUUGCCACUCGCCACACCCAUCAUCGCGAACCCCAACUUCGAAAUAAAAGAUGCCCCUCAUAAAGGGUUCGCGAUGUACGCAACCCGCGACAUUCCCGAGGGAGGCCUAAUUCACAUCGAGCACCCCGUCUUCAUCGUUCCCAACAAGCCUUUACCACGCGAUCAUGCGGGGUAUGAUCAAGUCGGAAGCCAACUGCCAAGACACGCGUUCCAAGAAAUGAUGACGAUGGCCAAUUGCCGGAGUAAACAAGACUGUCCAAGCCCAGUGGAGGGCAUCGCGCGCACUAAUGCUCUUUCGAUCGAGUUGAAGUUCCCUCCGGAAAUGGACGCGUAUGGAGAGUCGGCGAAAAAGUACGGAGCUGCGUUCCUCAUCCUCAAUCGCGCGAAUCACAGUUGCGGUCCCAACGCAGCCAUAAAAUGGAACCUCCCAACACUAACAGCGUCAAUGUACGCUCUCCGACCCAUCCUCGCCGGCGAGGAAAUAACAAAAACAUACGUCGACCCCUCCCUCCCCCGCUCACAACGCAUAGCCCACCUCCAAGAGAACUACGGCUUCACCUGCGACUGUCAAUGGUGCAACCUACCCACUACAUCCUCAUCACUCGAUUCAGACGCUACCCGCGCCGCCCUACGCAUCCGCCUCCUCACCCACCCCUCAUACCCAAAAUGGAGCACGGACCUCGCCCGCGCGGACGACGUCGUUCUGAAUUCCCAUUUCGACGCCCUGCAGUUGAUAGAGCAGGAAGGCAUGCACGGGUUGCAGGGUAUAUACCUAGAGGAAAUCGCCCUGUGCUAUGCUAUACUUGGAGACGAGGAUCGAUUUAGAAUGUGGGCUGAACGCCUUGUCCGGAGGUGUAAAGUCGAGGAUUCAAGGCUCGCUAAUACUUUUGAGAGCUACCUUGAUGAUGUGAGAAGAUUCAAGAGGUGGGCUUGGAGGAGGGUUCAGCGGAAACAGAUGCAAGGAAAGAAAAAGCGCAGGCAUAGGAUCCUGGGCUGGAUGGAAAUCUAA